UUAAUUAGAGUCUUGUCGUUACGUGGCUCUUGGACAAAAAUGUGAAUAAAGAAAGGAUGAUAUACAUGUAUGCACCUUACUGGGACCUAUAUAGCAGCCGACUCAAGACAUGAAUAAACUAAAUUUCUUCUUUGAUGAAAUAUGAGGUUAAAAUUAAAAUGGGUUCUCUUUAUAUCUGCCCUCACUGUGGGCAUGUGGAUGACGAUAAUCAUAAUCUUGCCAGCCCCAUCAAAUACCAGCAAUGGAGGGAAGAACUUGAAAAGGGAACACUACCAGUCUGGCCCAGGUGACGGCGAGGUCAAAGGGCACAUAGUUGAUUCUGCUGCAGAUGGACAACCAAAGAAACCAUCUGAUGAGAAGGAGGUUGACAUUGUUGGUUUUAGGAACGCAGAGGAGAGCGAGCCAGCCGUGGAAGAGAAGAAAGUUCCACAAGGUGUCGAGAUAGAGAACAUCCGGGGGAACCCCCCAAAUGGACAAAGCAACGAGAAACCUCAAAACGAGUCCCUCCCCUGGGAACUCGACCUCCUGCCCACAUUCAUCCCAAAGAGGCGGCAUGAUUAUAUGACUCUCUGGAGUAAAGCAGAGAGCUGGGUGACAUCUAAUCAGAUCACGCCAUCUUCAGCCAAGGAGCUGGGGUCGGUGCUCUACGCCAUGGCCAACGCACCUAUUACCAAGGCUGACGUGGGCUUCAAAGGAACUCAACUCAAGGCAAGGCUAAUGCUGGAAGGGGGCCAGCUUGUUGUUUUUAAGCCAAAGAGGUAUCCACGAGAUCAUGUAAUUUAUGGAACUCCUUAUGCAGGCUAUGACAGACAUAAUGGAGAAAUAGCUGCCUUUCAUUUGGAUAGAGUAUUAGACUUUAGGAGAGCUCCGCUUGUUGUGGGACGAACACUCAACUUGAAAACUGAAAUACUUCCAGUCGCCUCACCGGCAUUGAAUGAUACUUUCUUAGAGAAAAAUAAUAAUAUAUGUUUCUAUGGCAAGUGCUAUUACUGUAAGCCUGAGGAGGCAGCGUGUGCGGACGGUUUUACCAUGGAGGGGUCAGUGACCUUAUGGUUGCCCCCUGACCUCAAACUUAAGAAGUGGAGACAUCUUUGGUCAAGGACGUACAAAGAUGGGAAAAAGGCAAAGUGGGAGACAGACGACCAGUACUGUGUGACUUUGAUGACGAGGGUACCUCCUGAACAGCAUCCCCUCGUCCUGCACAUGACAGACGGUGCAGUCUUUGACUACCUGAUAGGCAAUGCAGACAGACACAUGUAUGAGACGUUUGAGAAGGAUGGAGAUAGGGGUAUGCUGCUGCAUAUGGAUAAUGCAAAGAGUUUUGGAAAUCCUUACUUGGAUGAGGGCACCAUCUUGGCACCAAUCUACCAGUGCUGCAGAUUGAGACGGAGCACAUGGAACACUCUACAGCAAUUCAAAGAUGGCCGUCUGAGUCAGGUGAUGGGUCAGGUGCUGUCACAUGACCCUAUAGCACCCGUCCUGACCAUCUGGCAUCUGGAGGCUCUGGACAGACGUCUCAAUGACAUCAUUGACACCAUGCACAACUGCUUCACCAAACAUGGAGAAGAUGUAGUCUUAAUGGAUUGAGUCUACUCGUGGACCUACUGAGGAAAUGAAACUGGUCCUGGUCCUGGUCGUGAUUGUCAAAGACCUUCCAUCAGAAUUGACGGCAUAGAUCUAUAAUAGACGCGGGGGUUGUCUCACGAAACUCUGUGACAGUUGUAUCUUUGUUUGCAAUCUUCAGAGAUGUCAGGAAGCGAACAACCCGUUUCACAAAACCACAAUAAUUUCAACUUUACUUGAGAUGGCAUUCUAAAAAGAUAUGACAGGUUUGGAGUCGUGACAAUGCUCUUGAAGAAGUUGUCGCUCAUCUUGGUUUUCUUGAAACAACUCUCUGUUUUCAAAUUGUAUGCAUACUCUUUGAACAAAAGUUUCACUCUUGCCAAAUACUUGCCCGACAUAGCAACAACUGAUUUAUGCAUUGUUUACUCUUUAUGUAGAGCGGGUCAAUCAAAUAGUUGAUAACCCAGUGUUUGGGAGAUAAACAAGCAUAAAUUGAAAUACAUUAGUUAACAGGUCUAUUGCUACAUGUAUACCACAUUUAAUAGAGAUGGGGUCUGCGAUAAAUGAUGCACAACUAGAUAUGUGUGAUCUACAAUGUCAUGUGUGCUAAUGGAUCCAGUGAUGUGCAAACAUGAGUGAUGACAUCUACAAUUGAUCUGCCAACCUAAAAAACGAUAUGGUCGUCUUGAUGAAAUAAGCAUACUUAAAUGCACCACACAAUAUGUAUUAUUCAAGUUAGUUUCAAGUUUAUAUGUCCCACAUUUUACAAAAAAUAUAGACAUACAUAUAAGAUAAAAAUCACACAAUACAUGUAGUAUAAAUGAGCACGUCUCAAUUAUUCUCAAUUCAUAUAUUAAUAGAUUAAGUAGAAUGUGAGGAAUUUAUUAAAAGCAGUUCUUGUAUAUCAUAGGUUCCUGAUAAAAGAAGUAUUGUUGAGGAAAAAACCGAAGCAGUAGAGAAAGACGUAAGAGGGGAUAAUUUAAAACACAAUGAAAUAUGUAUACAAAAUAAUGCAUUAGCACCAAUACCCAGAGUAAUGAGAGUAUACCCAGAUUAUCUGCAUAUGCUUAAUCAGGCAUAGAGGAGAUGAGCUCCAAUGCACUGAAUAUGAUGUACCCAGAGAGAUAUUCCGACAUUGGUGAUGGCUAGACCCAGGUCAAAGGUCAUUCUCUAAGACACUGGAAUUUACAUGAAUUUCUAUCUGCAUUCAUUUCAGGAAUUUCAAGUACAUGUACGCAUAGUUUCUUAAAAUGGUUUCUCAUAAAAUUUCUUCACUUCACGUUUGAUGUAUCGAAUAAGACACACAGAUAAGUUAGUAUGAGUAGGACCUUGGUUGCACGCAGCUACACUCUAUCAUCGUUGGUCAAACAGUUUUUGAGCGUCAAGUCACGGCCUGGCUGGAAUGCUCUCAAGGGAG